GAGAAAGAGCAUCACAUGUUUGAUUGUUCUUUCAUUUGUAUUACUCUCUUGUAAUCUGAUGUUUCAUCCUGCAAGUUGUAGAUUCUUGAUUUCAUCUCUAUGAAUGCUGUUGCUAAUAACUUACUUCAAUGUCCUACUCUGAUGCUACAGUCGGAGUUUGGAGUGAAGAAACAUCAUCUUCUAUAAUUGAUGAGAAAUAUGUUUCUUUUUUAUGAGUUUUUAGUGAGUUUUGUUGCGUUAUUGUAUCAAAAUUACUAAAUGAUACAUAGAGCCUUUUUUCUUUUUUGCCCCUUUGUCUCAAUUUUUCAAACUUAGUUUAGGAUUAUUCAGUUGUCUGUUGAUUAGACGGAUUCUGUAACCCAAGCUACCGUUGACUAUCUUUGGAUAUCAGUUGCGUACAUAAAAAAUAUAUAUAUCUUCAUUACUGGGUUUUGAACAUUUUGCUUACUUAAUUGCCUGUGGUUCACCUGCUAUUAGAAAAAUAUAGCUUGUCUAUAAGAUUAUGGCUCAUCUCGCCAUCCAUGGUUGUUAGGCUCUCGCUGUCUAAAUGCUUUGUUUGAGCCACCUUGGAGGCCUGUUAUCAGGUAGAUUUAGAUAAUAGGUUGUCAGGGUAGCCUAUACUCCAGAUUAAAUAUGAAGGAAGCUUCAGGUGUCUGUGUUUCAAUGAGACCCAGACAGGAUUUCAGAGUUCUUGAGGUUGCUCAAAGUAGUUUCAGACAGGCUCAUCAUCUGUUUAGCUGUAUUUCUGAUCAAAAUCAGAAAAGAAGCAUUCAGGAAGUAAGCCUGAUUGCUCAAGAUACAGUAAAUGAAUUCAGAAAUCUAGUUAGACUCCUUGAUGGAUCAGAGCAGUCAGGGUGUAAGAGGAUCAGGAAAGGUCCUUUGCCACAUUCCCAUGAUAUAAACCCAGUUGAAUUGAUGGAUAGUCCCAACUCUGUGUCUAAAAGCCCUCACCACAACUUUUCUCAACCCAAUAGGCAGCUAUUCCCUCUUCAGAGUAUUCAGUCAACUACUUCUUUGAUCCAUGCCAAUAGUAUCGACUUGUAUAGGGAAAAACAGAAGACUAAAGACAACGUAGACGUCAAAACUAAUUUGAUCCUGGGGUUCAACCUUUCCCUCUUACAGCCAAGCACAUCCUUUUCAAGUUUAGAUGGAGGUGGCAGGAUAAUUCAUCAUUCAACAUCAGAAAUUCUUCCUUCUCAAGAUGAUGCCUCUAUAUCUUCCAAGAGCAAGAGCGGAGCGAAAAGUGAGGAGAAAUGCCUAGCCUCAACCGGUGGAUGUCACUGCUCAAAGCGAAGGAAAUUGAGGAUCAAGAAAGUAAUUAAGGUCCCUGCUUCAAGUACUAAACCAGCUGACAUACCUCCUGAUGAUCACUAUUGGAGAAAAUAUGGACAGAAGCCAAUAAAAGGAUCUCCAUAUCCCAGCUACUACAAAUGCAGCAGUACGAGGGGAUGCCCUGCGAGAAAACAUGUAGAAAGAAGCUUGGAGGAUCCUACCAUGUUAGUUGUGACUUAUGAAGGGGAACAUAAUCACUCCAAAAUUCAAUCUCCCAAUCCCGACAUCAUGCUUCAUAUUUAACAAUAAAAGCAAACCAAAGGACACCCGUAUUUUCCAAGCUGGAACUGAUCGUGCACCUGCAAGCUAAGGUUCUUCCGCAGCUUCAUGUUUCCUUAAAAAGAGAUCAUGUCACUCCUUUAAGGCUCGUUAUUUUUAACUUUAAGUCUAUAUGCUUCUCCAGCAAUGGUUUUGCAGGUCUACUUGUAUAUAUGCACUCUCAAGAUUUCCUAAUAAAGGUUGAUUAAUUUGCUUUAUGCA